GGAGGUUGUUAUUACGGGACUGCACUAUUGUUCUCUCGGCCGUCUCAUCACACAGCACACGCGAUCACCACCGUCCUCUAUGAGCGUCUCGUCUCACAUAUCAACAGUGCGGCUGCCCAAACCCCACCGGAAACUGCCACCGCAUCAACUUCGACAUCAUCAAUUUUCCAGUUACGGCACUGCGCGGCGGCACCUGCACGGCAACGAUCUAUUCCAAGAGCGAUCCGUAUCCUUGGUCCGCGCCUCGUGAGGAGACCCAACCCACGCACACUUCUUGAUCAUCCUUCCCA